AUGUAUUCUGACUAUUUCAUGACCGCCGUCCGAACUGGUGGCCCUGGUGCUGAGGGUAUCUCCUUCCUCCUGGUCCCUCGUACCGAAGGGAUGCGCACACGCAAAAUCGAAAUCGGCGCCGAGGGCCUGAGCGCCACAACAUAUGUUAUCUUCGAGGACGUCAAGGUGCCCGUCGAGUACCUCGUCGGCUCUGAGGGCCAAGGAUUCCGAUACGUCAUGAGCAACUUCAAUCAUGAGCGUCUGUGGAUCGCCUUCCAGAGCCUUCGCAACGCCCGCACCUGUCUGCAAGAUGCAAUGGCGUGGGCUAUGAAGCGCGAGGCAUUUGGCAUGAAGCUGAUUGAACAGCCAGUCGUGAGGUAUAAAUUCGGCAUUAUGGCGAAAGAGGUUGAGGCGCUGCAGGCGUGGACGGAGCAGAUUGUCUACGAAUUGGACCAUUUGAGCUAUCAGGAUGGGAAUCGGCAGUUGGGUGGCGUUACGGCGCUUUUGAAGGUAAAGGGUGGGCAGGUGAAUAAGUUUGUUGCGGAUAACUGUGUGCAGAUUAUGGGAGGGCUGGGUCUCACGAAGACUGGUCAGGGUUCUCGUAUCGAGGCGAUUUCGCGCGGCACUCACUCAUUGAUCGUUCCCGGUGGAUCGGAGGACGUGCUCAUUGAUUUGGGCGUCCGGGAGGCACUCAAGCUUUCAGCUGUCAAGGUGAAGAAAGGUGCAAAGUUGUAA